AUGCCGAAAGAAUUUGAGAUGUCAAUGAUUAGUGGGUUGUCAUUUUUCAUUGGUCUUCAAGUAAUACAAUUAGAAGAUGAUAUUUUCAUUUCUCAGGCAGGGUAUAUCAAGGAGAUGUUGAAUAAGUUUGGUAUGGAAAAUUGUAAGCUAGUUGGAAUCCCUGUGGAUAGUGGUUGUCAUUUAAGAAAGGAUGGUGAAUCUUUAAAAGUGGAUCAAAAACUUUAUAGAUCUAUGAUUGGUGGAUUGUUAUAUUUGACUACUUCAAAACCAGAUAUUAUGCACGUUGUUUGUUUGGUUGCUAGAUUUCAAGCUUAUCCAAAGCAGUCUCAUGACUCAGCGGUGAAAAGGAUGUUUAGAUAUUUUAAAGGGAAUCCAAACCUUAUCUUGUGGUAUAAUAAAAAUUAUGAUUUCUCUUUGAGAGCUUACUCAAAUGCUAAUUUGGCUAUAUUUGCUGAUGACAAAAGAAGUACAAUUGGUGGUGCAUUUUUCUUGGGACACAGAUUGGUUCUUAGCUAUUUAAGUAUUGAAGUUGGUAGUUACAGUUUGCUGAUUGUGAGGUUGUAUGUCAGGACUGGUUUAGAGAAUAAUCGUAGCAAGCACAAUUGCUGCAGUAAGCAGCCAGUGAGAAGAGGAUUGUGGUCACCUUUUGAAGAUGAGAAACUCUUCCACUAUAUAAUAUCUCAUGGCCAUGGCUGCUGGUCAUCUCUGCCUGAUAGAGCUGGACUUCAACGGUGUGGAAAGAGCUGCAGAUUAAGGUGGAUAAACUACUUAAGGCCAGAUAUUAAGCGUGGCAAUAUGUCCCCAGAGGAAGAAAACAUGAUCCUCUAUCUUCAUAGCUGCCUUGGGAACAGGUGGGCACAGAUUGCGAAGCAUUUGCCAGGAAGAACAGACAGCGAAAUAAAGAACUACUGGAAUUGCUGUUUGAAGAAAAAGGCCUUAAGCUCAGACAUUUUCCUUGCAAGGCAUGACACGAACAAUAGUAAUAAUAAUAACAAUAAUGAUGCCCAGAUGAACUCCAUAAUCUGCCCUGAUUUUUCUGGCUUUGAUCAAAACAUCCAAUACAUUCACCCCCCACAACACCAGACUGAAUUAUUUGCUUCCACAUUUCCAAAUGCAGCUACCAGAGAUGACACAUUUAACUGUAUAAAUUCUUAUAUACCAUCAAACAUGUGUGAAACAUCAAGCUCGAGAGCAAACAUGGCUGAACAUGUGAAGGAACUCUGUGUAGAAAAUCAACUGGAUAUUCUACCAGUAGAUACCUGGUCUCUUAUGAACGAGCCCACAAAUCGUGAUUUUUAUGGGCCAAUCUCAAAUAUUGAAAUCCCUUGUGAUACAUAUUUGAUUUCCACACUGCAGAACAAUUUGGGGACAAUUGAAGCUCGAUCCAGUUUAUAUUCUGCUGAUCUUGAUGCAUAUACUCUCCAUCAAGAUCUUUAUUCACCCAAUAAUUAUUUGGAUUAGGAUUCUUCAAAAUCUUCCUAAGAUAAAAGAUAUAGAUGCUAAGUAAAAAGAAGAAGUCUAUCUAAUUGUGAAGGGAAUAAUCUAUGAUUGUGUUGCAGAGCAUUUAUCUGUAUUGAGACAGCGCAUACUUAUACUACUUAUUGUAAUGUAUCUGAAACAGUGUUCUUUUCAUUUUUUCCGUAGAUCAGACCUUUUCUAAAAGUUGUGUCCAUCAUAUCCAUAUAGAGCAAUGCUGGAAUAUAAAAUGAAUAAGAAAAGCAAUGCUGAUCUUUUGGCAUGUUCAU